AUGCUGGGGUGCCGUUUUAUGCUGAAAAUUAGUCGUGCGCUGAGUAAAGCAAAGCAAAAUGAUUUGCCUUUCGGUGGGAUCAAUGUGAUCUUCGCAGGCGACUUCGCCCAAUUAGGGCCAGUACGCGACCCUCGUUUAUUUUCUUUUGUUGAUACAUCGAGAGUAGGCACUGUAAGUGGGCAGGAAGCUGUGUUUGGAAAGCUGUUAUGGUUUGCUGUCACCACUGUUGUGAUACUAACAGUUGUAAUGCGUCAAGGGGGGGAUGCAAAUAGCUUAUUCGUAGGCCUUUUGCAGCGCCUACGGACUGGCUCGUCGCCUGACUGGAAUUCCAAAAAAUGGGAACACACACCUACAAUCGUCUCUAACAAUCGCAUAAAAGAUUUGCUCAAUGAACGCGCAACUGAGGCCUAUGCACGACGGACUGGUCAAAAGCUGCAUUGGUACUACUCCGUCGAU